CUAGGCAUCUUAGAGUUCUUAGAUCUCCUUGGGGACAGAAUCCAGCUGCAGGACUUCCGCGGAUUCCGAGGUGGCUUGGAUGUUACGAGAGGUCAGACAGGAACAGAGUCUGUCUGCACCAAUUUCCGGGGCAAGGAGAUCAUGUUCCAUGUCUCUACAAAGCUACCCUUCACAGAGGGAGAUGCCCAGCAGCUUCAGCGGAAGCGCCACAUUAGGAACGAUAUUGUGGCCAUUGUCUUCCAGGAUGAAAAUACUCCCUUUGUCCCUGAAAUGAUUGCCUCCAAUUUCCUGCAUGCCUAUGUGGUAGUGCAGCUUCAUCACCAUGCCCUUGGGGAGACUCUCUACAAGGAGCGGACCCGCAGUGCUCUUCUCGAGAGUCUUUAUGAGGAGCUGCAGAUCCGGAGACGCAGUAUGAUGGGCUUGGCCUCUGGAGAUGAUGACAAGAUAGAGAAUGGGGGUGGUGGCUUCUUUGAGAAUUUCAAGCAGAAUCCCCUCCAGCCAGACAUCCGAAUAUUGUGUGAUGCAGCCCCUGUCCCACUCCUCAUCCAAUGUGAGGAGCUGUUGCAGAAGAGUGAGUGAAAAUGGAACGUCUGAGGAGGAGGAGAUUGAGGCGGUCAGUGUGGGGUCUUCUGAGCCCCUUUCACUCUAGUAAUUCCCCUGUCUCAACUGAGUAGAUACAGCAACCCUAAAAGCUCCCUCUUAACAUCUAGUGAUGGGGGCCUCUUUCCCGUUUCUUUUGUGCAAGAGUUGAUGUGUUCCCUUGAAGGUCCCCAGAAGCAGGACACGCUGGCUCAGAGUGCAUGGUUGGCCGAUAAUGUCUGUACACCCAGCAGUACCAGCUCACCAGUAACUCGUCUGCUCCCUUCCGGCAGCGGUGCAGGCUCCAUGGAGAAGGGGAAAGGUGGCAAAGUGGAUGCUC